GUGUGUGGUGUGUUUGGACGACUGUAUAUGCCGCGUGCGUGCGUGGGGCCAUGUGUGUGCUGUGUGUGUGCGCGAGUGUGUGAGCGUGUGUGCGCGUGUGCUGCGGGCGGGAGCGGCAGCUUGGGCUCAGCCAGUGGCAGAGCGGUUGGUCGCGGACUAAUAGUGCAGGGGGAGCUGGGGAGAGGCUAGGAGGACGCGCAAGCCACCUUGUUAACAAAAGCUCGGUUUGGUCCCUGCGGGCCCCACCGGCAGAAGGGACCGGGGAGCCCUGGCUCCCCGCCAGGGAGGUCGGGCUCCCGCGAGCUCGGCACGCAUCCUUUAUCAUGCCCUCCGCAGGGGGGUCCUGAGGCUUGGCCGUCGGGAAGUUUCCAAAGCCGCCGCCACAGCCGCCGCCGCCUUGGAGGGGACGGAGCAAGGAGCGUGGAGAUUAGAAAAGCACUUGGGAGGCACAUUCAUCUUGCCGGCGUUGUCAGGAGUGAUCAGCGAGUUUUAUUAAAAGCCCUGGGAUUGCCUGAAAAGCCUCCUUGUCUGGGUUUCAAAUGAAAGGGACAUGUUAAGAUCUUGGGGCAUGUUGUCAGGACCCCUUGCCCUGCCCCUUGGGCUAUGAGCUAACAUCUCUGGAGGAAGCACAGAAGCCCUCCUUUGUGGACGAGAUUUUGCUGGUGGACAAACAGACGUGGCCCCUGACAGCAUGAGCUCUGCGAACUGGGGUGCGCCCAGUGCUUUGCUGCUGCUGCUGCUGCUCCCAGGCUGGGCCAGCCCCACCUUCCUCAGCCUUAACCAUGGGCUCAGGGUGAUGAAGGGCAGCUCUGCCUUCCUGUCGGGAGAUGACCUGAAGUUUGCCAUCCCCAAAGAGAAAGAUGCUUGCAAAGUGGAAGUUGUGAUGAACGAACCAAUGACCCAAAGGGUUGGGAAACUCACUCCACAGGUCUUUGACUGCCAUUUUCUUCCCAAUGAAGUAAAGUAUAUUCACAAUGGUUGCCCAAUUCUUGAUGAAGACACAGUGAAGCUUAGACUUUACAGAUUUACUGAGACAGAUACCUUCAUGGAAACCUUUAUCCUGCGGGUCUAUCUCCUGGAACCAGACUGUAACAUCAUCCGUAGGAGUAACAAUGUCCUGGAGGUGUCUGAAUUCUAUGGGCUAUCCCGGGCCAUUGAUAAGAACCUGCUCAGAUUUGAUUAUGAGAGGACAGCUGGUCUGGAGUGUACGGUCAGGCUGGAUCCUGUGGGAAGCCGGUUGCCAGCCCACGGUCAGGUGGUCCUGCUGGAGCCUCGGCCAGAAAAACCUCGUGGAGAUCAGCCACACAGUUUGUUCCCUGAGUCUCAGCUGGGAACAGAGCUGCGUUGUCCAGGUGGAAGCUGUGCCCUGGGACUGAAGAAAAUGGGAAGUGUCAAUGUGAGCUGUGAGGAGUUCCUGCUAAUGGGGCUUCGUUAUCAACACACAGAUCCCCCUUCUCCCAACAUUGACUACAUCUCCAUCCAGCUGGAUCUCACAGAUAGCAGGAGCAAAAUCAUAUACAAGUCAGAGAGCGCGUGGUUGCCCGUCUAUAUCAGAGCUGGCUUUCCUAAUCAGAUUCCAAGGGCUGCGUUCAUGGCCAUGUUUAUACUGGAAGUGGAUCAGUUCAUCCUGACCUCCUUGACUACAUCCGUUCUGGACUGUGAAGAGGAUGAGACCCCAAAGCCCUUGCUGGUGUUCAACAUUACCAAAGCCCCGCCCCAGGGCUACGUGACUCAUCUGUGGGAUCACACUAGACCGGUCUCCUCGUUCACCUGGAAAGAUCUAAGUGACAUGCAGAUAGCCUAUCAGCCACCAAACAGCAGCUAUCCUGUGCGGAGACAUUACGAGGUAGAGGUGGAGGCUUAUGACUUCUUCUUCGAAAGGAGUGCACCUAUCACAGUGCUCAUCUCCAUCAGAACAGCGGAUACGAAUGCCCCACGAGUGUCCUGGAACACAGGUCUGAGUCUUCUAGAGGGGCAGUCUCGGGCCAUCACUUGGGAACAGUUUCAGAUUGUCGACAAUGAUGACAUCCAUGCUGUCCAGUUGGUCACCGUGGGCGGCCUGCAGCAUGGACGGCUUACACUAAGAGGUGGGAAAGGAUUUCUCUUCACUGUGGCUGACCUUCAGGCCGGAGUUGUUCGCUAUCAUCAUGACGACAGUGACUCCACCAAAGACUUUGUGAUCUUCAGGAUAUUUGAUGGCCAUCACAGCAUCCGCCAUAAGUUUCCCAUCAACAUUUUGCCCAAAGAUGACAGUCCCCCGUUCCUCAUAAGCAAUGUUGUGAUUGAACUGGAGGAGGGGCAGACGAUACUGAUCCAGGGUUCCAUGCUGAGGGCAUCAGACAUGGACUCCAGUGAUGACUACAUCUUCUUUAAUAUCACGAAACCUCCUCAGGCUGGAGAGAUCAUGAAGAAACCAGGGCCAGGGCUGAUAGGCUAUGCUGUCCCUGGCUUCCUUCAGAGAGAUCUAUUUAAUAGCAUCAUUUACUAUCGUCACUUUGGUGGAGAGAUCUUUGAAGACUCUUUUGAAUUUGUCUUGUGGGACAGCCAUGAACCUCCAAAUCUCUCAGUGCCACAGGUGGUGACCAUCCAUAUCACUCCAGUGGAUGACCAGCUUCCAAAAGAGGCUCCUGGAGUUUCUCGGCAUUUGGUUGUCAAGGAAACUGAGGUGGCCUACAUAACUAAGAAACAUCUACAUUUUAUAGAUACAGAAUAUGACAGGGAGCUUCUCUACACGAUAACAACACCUCCGUUUUUCUCUUUCGGCCAUAGACAUCUGGAUGCUGGGAAAUUAUUUAUGGUGGAUAGCAUUCCAAACCUGACCAAAAAUCCUGCAGCCUCAGGGCUGAGAUCAUUCACUCAGCAUGCUGUGAACCACAUGAAGGUGGCCUACAUGCCACCCAUGCAAGAUAUAGGCAUCCGUCCAGGACAUGUCCAGUUUGCCUUUUCCAUCAGUAACCAGCAUGGUGGCACUUUACAUGGAAUCUGCUUUAACAUCACAAUUCUUCCAGUGGACAAUCAAGUUCCUGAGGUGUUUACCAACCCCCUGAAAGUGACUGAGGGAGGUCAGUGUGUCAUCAGCACAGAGAACGUUCUGGUUUCUGAUGUGGAUACCAAACUGGACAACAUCUACCUCUCCCUACAAAGACUGCCUCAGUGUGGAAGGGUAGAGCUGGAUGGAUUUUCUCUAAACACAGGAGGCACAUUUUCUUGGGGAGACCUCCAUGCUUUAAAAGUUAGGUAUCAGCAUGAUGGAUCUGAGAGAUUUCGGGAUGACAUAUUCUUGGAGGUCACAGAUGGCACGAAUUCAGCAGAAUUUGUUUUACAUGUUGAGGUAUUCCCUGUAAAUGAUGAGCCACCAAUCCUAAAGGCUGACCUCAUCCCCAUGAUGCAUUGCUCAGAGGGCGAAGAGGUGGUCAUCACCUCUGAAUACAUUUUCGCUACUGAUGUGGACAGUGAUGACUUGAAACUGACGUUUGUGAUUGUUCGAGAGCCUCAGCAUGGGGUGGUGAGGAAAGCUGGAGUCGCAGUGGAUCAGUUCUCUCAGAGAGAUGUCAUCGCAGGGGCUGUGACAUACAGACACACGGGUGGUGAGAUUGGCCUGCUGCCUUGUUUUGAUACCAUUACGUUGGUGGUUUCGGAUGGAGAAGCUGGCCCUUUUGUGAAUGGCUGUUGCUACAAUGGGCCUCAUCCAUCUGUUCGUCUUCAUGAGUCCUUUCCAGUGUAUGACCUCAACAUCACAGUACAUCCAGUGGACAACCAAUCACCUUCAAUCGCAAGAGGUACCAUGUUUGCUGUAGAUGAGGGUUUCUCUGCAGCCAUUACCAUUAACCAUUUGUCCGCCACUGACCCUGACACUGCAGCAGAUGACUUGGAAUUUGUUUUGGUUUCUCCUCCCCAGUUUGGCUACCUUGAAAACACACUUCCUUCUGCAGGUUUUGAAAAAAGCAAUAUGGGCAUAAGCAUAGCUUCGUUCCGGUGGAAAGACAUGAAGGCUUUGCACAUUAACUAUGUGCAGGCCAGGCACCUGAGGAUGGAACCGGCAGCUGACCAGUUCACGGUGUAUGCCACAGAUGGGACGCGACGCUCCUUGGAGAUACCGUUCUACAUUAUCAUCAACCCCACAAAUGACGAAGCUCCUGACUUUGCAGUGCAGAAUAUUACUGUGUGUGAGGGUCGGAUGAAAGAACUGGAUACUUCCAUCAUCAGUGCUGCUGAUCUGGACGUUCCCAAGGACCCCUUGCUGUUCAGCCUCACUCAUAAACCACGCCACGGCCUCCUCAUCAGCGGGGAAGACUUUCCUCAGAAUAAGCAGCCGGUCAGCCUUGGCCAGAAACAUGACCUUGUUCAGAACUUCUCCUUGGAACAUCUCAAGAAUGGAAUGAAGUUGAUGUAUGUGCACGAUGGCUCAGAGAGCCUUGCUGAUGACUUUACAAUCCAGUUGUCAGAUGGGAAACAUAAGAUAUUAAAAACCAUUUCAGUGGAGAUCACCCCAGUUAAUGAUGAGAAACCAAUGCUGAGCAAGAAGGCUGAAAUUACAAUGAAAAUGGGUGAAACUCGUAUUAUUUCUAGUGCCAUUCUUUCAGCCAUAGAUGAAGACUCACCCAGGGAGAAGAUUUACUAUUUGUUUGAAAGACUUCCCCAAAAUGGGCAGCUUCAACUUAAGAUAGGGAGGGACUGGGUCCCUCUCUACCCUGGCAUGAAAUGCACUCAAGAGGAAGUGGAUCUAAACUUGCUGAGAUACACACACACCGGGGCGAUGGAUUCCCAGGACCGAGACAGCUUUACCUUCUACCUCUGGGAUGGCGACAACAGAUCACCAGCAUUUGACUGUCAUAUCACCAUCAAGGAUAUGGGAAAAGGUGAUAUUGUCAUCUUUGGGAAACCGCUUGUGGUGUCUAAAGGUGACCGAGGUUUCUUGACGACCACCACUCUCCUUGCUGUGGAUGGAACAGACAAACCCGAGGAACUGCUCUAUGUCAUCACCUCCCCUCCGCGGUAUGGCCAGGUCGAGUAUGUCCGCUAUCCUGGAGUCCCGCUUACAAGUUUCAGCCAAAUGGACGUAGCAGGACAGACAGUCUGCUAUGUACAUAAGAGCAAGGCAGCUGUCUCCAGUGAUACCUUCAGAUUCAUCAUCAGCAAUGGCCUGCAGACCAAGCACGGGGUGUUUGAGAUCAUACUGGAGACCGUGGACAGAGCCUUACCCAUGGUGACCAGGAACAGAGGGCUGAGACUGGCCGAAGGGGCCAUGGGCCUGCUCUCGCCUGACCUCCUCCAGCUGACCGACCCUGACACUCCAGUGGAGAACCUCACCUUUGUGUUGGCCCGGCUCCCACAAUACGGUCAGCUUUACCUGCGGGGGACAGUGCUGCUUCAACAUAACUUCACUCAGCAGGAUGUGGACCGCAGGGAUGUGGCCUACAGGCACCUGGGAGGGGGCUCUCAGGUUGACUACUUUACCUUUGUGGCCACGGAUAGGACAAACCAAGGCUUUGUUGUGGAUGGGAGAAUGGGCCAAGAACCUGUUUCAUUCACCAUCCAGGUUGACCAGUUGGACAAAACAGCCCCCUACAUCACACACUUGCAUUCUGCUUCGCAAGUGGGGCUCCUGAAAAAUGGCUGUUAUGGAAUUUACCUCACUUCCCAUGUGUUGAAGGCAUCCGACCCUGACACCGAUGAUAAUCUGAUCAUUUUUAAGAUUUUACGAGGCCCCCAGCAUGGACAUCUGGAGAACGCAACAACAGGUGAAUUUAUCCUUGAGAAAUUUAUUCAAAAGGACUUAAACAGUAAGACCAUUCUUUACAUCAUAAACUCAUCUUUGGAAGUGAAUUCAGAUAUCAUGGAAUUUCAAAUCACGGACCCCACAGGGAACUCUGCCACUCCUCAAAUUUUGGAGCUGAAGUGGUCUCAUAUUGAAUGGUCACAGACUGAAUAUGAGGUCUGCGAGAAUGUGGGCAUGUUGCCCUUGGAAAUUACCAGAAGGGGAUAUUCCAUGGACUCAGCCUUCGUGAGUGUAAAGGUCAACCAAGGGUCAGCUACGGUUGGAAAAGACUUCACUCUGACUCCAUCUAAACUGAUUCAGUUUGACCCAGGAAUGUCAACUAAGAUGUGGAAUAUAGCAAUUACCUAUGACGGAUUAGAGGAAGACGAUGAGGCCUUUGAAGUAAUUCUGAACUCCCCUGUGAAUGCAGUUCUUGGCACAAAGACAAAAGCUGCAGUGAAAAUUUUGGACUCAAAAGGAGGACAGUGCCAUCCUUCAUAUUCCUUCAACCCCAACAAACACAACGCAUGGGAGAAGGGCAUUUGGCACCCGCUGUCCCCAGGGUCUUCCUCACCCACCACUUCUGGUUCCUUUCACCUGGAAAGAAGACCCUUUCCAUCUUCAAAGCGGCCGGCGGUCACUAGGGGAGACACCCGACAGGGCUUUGAGUCUCCAGAUCUUUCUCGCAUGAAGCUUAGGACCCAGGGGAAUGGCAAAACGGUUCUUCCAUCAUCCGUUUAUAGAAAUGGAACCGAUAUCAUCUAUAACUAUCACGGAAUGAUUUCCCUAAAGCUGGAGGAAGAGGACGGUUCUCCAUCUCGCAAAAGGAAGGCCAAAGCAUCUGUUAUUAGUCAGCCACAAAAGCCAAGCAAAGCGGCAGAACUGCCUCAGGCUGAUAAGGUGGAAUCCACAACCAGCUCACACUUCCCCAGACAGGACCCGCUGCCCUCAUUUCCGAAGAACUGCACACUGGAAUUAAAGGGACUUUUCCACUUCCAAGAAAGCCUCCGAAAGCUGUAUAAGUGUGAUGGGAUUACCUGGAAAGCGUGGAGCCCCCAAACUGAGGAGGCAGAAGGUAUUCCCUGCCCAGCUGGGUGGCACCAUCACUCGGGCUACUGCCACUCCCUGAUCACAGAGCGGAAAGGCACCUGGAACACAGCUGCGCGAGCUUGCAAGGAACAUCACCUGGGCAGCCUUGUAACGGUUCUCUCCAGGCAGCAUAUGCGAUGGCUCUGGGACAUCAGUGGAAGAAAGCCCUUUUGGAUAGGUUUGAAUGACCAAGUACGUGCUGGCCACUGGAAGUGGAUCGGCGGGGAACCUGUCACCUUCACCAACUGGAGGAAAGGGCCCCCUCAACGUUUAAAGCCUGGCAAGAACUGUGUUUUGGCUCAAAGACAAGGGAAAUGGCAAACACAGGACUGUAGGAAGGGCAAACCUCACAAUUACGUGUGCUCCAGGAAACUCUAAACGUAACUGGCCUUGCAAGUGCCCGCUUGGGAUUUCUCACCUAUUUAUUUACAGGAUUUGUGCAUAUUGUUCAAUACAAAACAAGGUGUCAUGACUGACUUAGUACAUUUUUUUUAAUCAUAGUAUAUGAGUGAUUCUAUCUAGUAAAAAAGGAACAUUGAAGAAUAGUUCCAGGAAGAUUGAUCAAUGAGUAUUUGUAUCAGGAAGAGAUACAAUUCUUACUUCUGAGUGCCUUUCAAAAUAAAUGCCUAAAGCAUUAUAUGGUACAAGAUUUGCUUAUCCCAGGAUACUCCCACCCUGACCCCACUCUAUAUCUGAGUCCAGACCAAGUUCAUGGUCCUUGAAUUUUUGGGUCCCAAGACCUCUAAUGAGUCCAUUCUGGAAUCUGCUCUGCAGGUGCUUGUGCCAACUCCAUCUGAGGAGAGCCAGCCCUGCCAGCUCAUUAAAUCACAGGGGACUGCAAAGGGUCCCUUUGUCCUUUGGAGCCCUUUUGAUGUGAAACCUCAGAUAAGAGGCUUGUGGAUGAAAAAAGGAGAAUUCUCUGUGGUGGGAAAGGAAGGCUUUUAGAUGGGAGAAACUUGCAGACCGAGGCUCGUUUGCAAAGCUCUACUUCAGGUAAGAAUUCAGACGCUACCUGUAUGUCAGGGGUCUACCUAUCCCUACUCAUGAGACAGAUCUCUUUUUCCAAUAUCUUCCCAGAGCUGAUGAUUACAUUUCCCCCGGCCGUACAGAUUCAUGAGAAAUUUGAAGUAACAUGAACGAACCUGUCUUUUCAUUUGGGUAUAUGGUGCUGACUAACAUUUCUCAAGGACAUUUGGAAUAGAGUAUAUGUGAGUGAUGGUUAGCUCAUGGCAGAAAAGUACUGCUUCCUCACAAGUGUCUCAAUGAACUAUGUUGAUGAACAAAGAAAAAUAAUGCUGAAAACAGAGCCCUUGAAAACCUAUAUUCUCAGUACGGAUUUUGAGAUAACUGAGCCCUUAAAUCUCCAAUAUUUCUAGAAAUGGAAUGCUAACCUGAUUCUCUACCAUAAAGGUCCCUUAUUAAUUUAUAAUAGCAGCUGAAUGAAACAUUUUUGUACCAGUGAAGUGUGUUGCAGCCUUCCAAGAACUCCCUUCUGAAAUCAGGGUUUAAUUACAGGAAAUUAGAAAUUUAUUUCUGAAGCAUUUGCUCAAAAUUUUCCUCUUUUCAUAAUCACUGAAAAAUACGGUUAAGCCAAAUGUAACUUGCUCUAUGAGUAACUCAGGGUGAUUUCAGAGUCAAAAUGGGGUUACCAAGUAGACUAAGGCUUUGGUGCACGUUUUAUUAGAAUAACACAUUCUGUAAAACUAAAAUAAAUGGAAGAAAUUCAGUCCAGUUUCUGGGUAUAAAACAUGACAAGCUUGUUUUAUUUCUGCUCAUUUAACAGGAUUUUUGGUAUUAGAAGUAUUACAAAGAGAAGUGGGGAUAACAUUUAGGCAUUCCUACCUCUUCCUAAAUUUAAAAGACAUCGUGGCGUUGGGAGUCUCAAGUAGGUGUCACAAGUAGGCUCUGGACUGAUACAGCAUACAGGUCUCUCAUGCAACACAAGCACUCUCUGGUAUUUAACCAAAAGAUGCAAACCCACCCUCCAUACCAGCUCCAAUCCUUUCUGACCCACUAGUCCCUCCUGCGUGGGAAGGUGAGCUGCCAGAUAAUGUGGCGAAGAGCUGUUUACCUAAGGAGUGAUAUCCUAGGAGGGAAAGUAAAGGUUCAAGAAGUGAAGAGUUCAGGAGCCACCCCCUGCUAGAACUCCAGAGCUAUGGUAACUAUUUAAAACUGGGAAUCCAGAACCAGGGCUGUUAUGAGAACCUGGUCAGCAUGGUAGAUUUCAUCAUACUUGUCGGCAACGACAAUGGUGUUUAAGUGUAAUUGCAAAUGCUAGCACAAAGGGAGAAUGUUGUGAUUCUUGUAGCAACUAGAUAUACUAGGAUAAUAUUUUUAAAUAUUCCUGAUCAUAAAAGCACCAAUCAGGUUGUAAAAUGCAAGUAAUUGAAUGAGGAUACAAACAAAAAUUCAGACAAGUUGGGGUGCUGGACAAUAUUCAUCAAAACUUUUAUUUCUUUCUCAUGAUUGGGCUUUGACUCAGGGAGAAAAAGAAGUAAAUGAUUGUCAUCUAAAAUAAAAGACGGGGGUGCCUGGCUGGCUCAGUCAGUGGAGCGUGCAACUCUCGAUCUCAGGGUAGUGGGUUCAAGAACCAUAUGGUAUAGAGAUUACUUAAAAAUAAAGUCUUAAAAAAAAAAAGGAAUUGAUGGUCGCGGUUCUCUUCCUAGAUUGGUUACUGUCACCUGUCAGUUUCCGGUGGGAGCCGGAAGGAAGGAAAUGGAAUGAUGGUACAAUGGGAAUGGGUGAUUAUAGGAGAGGAGAGGGGAGAGAGGAGAGAAGGGUUGAACAGGGAGAGAUGGGACAGAUGGUAGCUAAGAAGAGCAUCAGAAAGAAAGACCUAAAUGACACCCAGCUCUUCUCCGCAGAUUUGAAUACCGACUCAGGAAAAGCCCCCUCUAUCCAAGGGCAUCAACCCAGCUAAGUAGCGUGUAGCUUUUCAGAAUCCUGUGAUUUUUGCUCUUUAACCAAAACAUACAUAUGUAUCUAGCAUUUAUUUUGCUGAACAUAAACUUAAAAACAUAUGAUAAUUAUUUCAUCUCCUUCCAAGGAGUGGUAAAAGCGAACCAGGUGACAUUUAUUUACAUUUCUGUUUUUGUUUAUUUUUAAUACAGCCAAAAAGAACAUGCACAUAUUUUCAUUAACACUAUGGUUUGUAUAAUUCAAACCAGGAACUGGUGCUGAUUAAUUUUUGCAACAAGGCAGCCUAUUAAAUGUACUGUCUCUAGCAUUGUAUCAAAAUUAAUAAAAUAAACUUAUUUCUACUUCUGAACUACUGUUGCUUUAGUUUUUCACAUUUUAUAUUUGUUCUAUCCAUUGUAAGAAGGGACGGAAAAGGAAACUCAGCGUGUCUUUUUUAUCCUUGCUGUUUAAAUCAACCUUUACACGGCUUUCAUCCAUCUACCCAGCCACCCAGCCAGCCAGCCACCCAUCCAUCCAUCCACCAUUCAUUUGACGAAUAUUGUUGAAUCUCAAGUGCCAGCCCCUCACCUAUUCUAGAUAUUGGAGGUAUUACUGUGAAUGAGAUAGGAAAACAGAAGUAUAAAAGCAUAGUGUAUACGUGCAAAUUUCUAAUAAUUUUUUUUUUGAGCGUGAAACUUUUUAUCAGGGAGGAAGUCACAGUGUAAAUUAUUGAUUGCAUUAUCCCUUUUCAGAGUCAAUGGGAAACACACCCUACUACAAACAGCUCAGGCUGUCUUUGGUUUUUUUUCUCUCCUGAUUAAGAAAUUGGUAUUACUUCCUGUGUUUAUGAUCAGGUCAAAGUGUUAUGGAUAGCAGCUGUCCCAAAUCUCCUGUCUCCAGAUCAAGUGAGGAACUAAAGUUUUCUAAUCCAACUGACUGAUUUUUUGUGACAGGACCAGCAAGUAGGUGUCUCUGUGUCUUUGAGAUCCCUGGAGUAACAGGAAUAAAAAAAGAGAACAAUGAUAUCGUCUCACCUGAUGUCCUUAUUGUAGAGCAGGGGACACUGAAGUCUUCAGAAGGUAAAGUGAGAAGGGAUCAGUACCAGAACUAGAGACCUCCAAAUCGUGGGCUGAAUCUCUUCGAAUUCUUCUACAUAUUCUCAUUCUUACCACUCUGAGCAAAUGGUUUGCUUAUAUUCCAACAAAAUAUCUUUGAAUGAUGAGUGUGAUAAAAUUGACAUAUGCCUGACAACAUUAUUGUAAGUAAAAGAAGAUGGACAGGGAAGGCCAUGUACUGCGUGGUCCAUUCAUAUGAAAUGUCCAAAAUGGGCAAAUCUAUGAAGAUAGAAAGUAGAUUCAUGGUUGCCCAGGGGGUGGGGGAAGAGGAGAUGGAAACUGACUGCUAAUGAGUACAGGAUUUCUUCUUGAGGGUAUGGAAAGGAUGUGGAAUUAGAUAGUGGGGAUGGUUGUACAACAUGGUGAAUACACUGAAAAAGCACUGAAGUGUGCACUUUAAGAUGGUGUGUGUGAUGUUAUAGGGAGUAUAUCUCCAUAAAAAUGCUAUUAAAAAUCACUGUAUAAAAAUUUAUUUUAGAAAGCUAUAAGUGGGUUGAUAUAUUUGCUGUGUGUUUAUCUGACUCAUCCAAGAUACAUUUUCCAGUCUUUGCCUCAUGUCUCACCCAGGUUUUUGUUUGUUUAUUUAUAUAGUUGGUUAAGGGGAAGAGAAUAUUGAUUGGACGUACUGUUUAACUUACAGGACGGCUUUAUUGAUCUUCCUCCUUUCUCCCCAUUAAUCAUGAGAGGGCUGUUAUGGAUGGCAGAGUGUGUCUGGAUAUGUGUAAUGUCCAGAAUGCCAUGAUUUUCUAAAAUUAAUUCUACAAGUCUUUAGAACAGGAUCAUGCAGGAAAUGAAUAUACCCUCCUCGUAACUUACACAUAUAACUGUUCAUUUUGAACAGUUUUUAUAGGUCUUAUAUUCUGCUAGGCAAUAAAGUCUAGUUUAUCUUAAGACAGAAAGGAACAAAAAUCAACCAACACUUCCAUUAAGGGCCUUAUGGUAACCCGCAAUACUUUUUCCAUGCAAUGAAGUAUGAGUUCACCUUUUGCUUCUAUCCCCAUCUGUAUUUUUGCUUCCCAAAGGCAAUCAAUCCCAACUUACUCUACAGAAGAAAAAUGGAAAAAUAUAUGCCAUCCCAAAACUAGUCCAAAGCAAGCUGAAGCAGCUAAAUUAAUAUCAGAGUAGAUUUUAGAGCAAAGAAUACUACCAAGGUUAAAGGAGCUUAUUUUAUGAUUUAAAUGGGUCAGUACAUCAAGAGGACAUAAUCAUUCUAACAUUUAUGCACAUAAUAACAAUGUUUAGAAAUACAUGAAGCAAAAACUGAUAGAAAUUAACAAAUCUAGAAUUAUAUUCAGAGAUGCUAAUACCCUCUCAAUAAUUGAUAGAACAAGUAGGCAGAACAUCAGUAAGGAUUUAAAAGUGUGGACAUUGUUAACCAAAUUAACCUGCCAUUGCUAGAACAUCCCACCCAACAACAGCAGAAUAGACAUCUUUUCAGGUGCACGGGAAACAUUUGCUGGAGUGAACCAUUUUCUGGGACAUAAAAUGAGUCUCAAUAAAUUUAAACGGAUUUAAGUCAUACAAAAUACGUUCUCUGACCAUAAUGGAGUUAAAUUAGAAAUCAAUAACAGAAGUAUCUCUGGAAAACCCCUAAGUGCUUGGAAACUAAACUUUAAACUUAUUCAACUCAUAGGUUAAAGAAGAAGUCAACAGGCAAAUUAAAAAGUAUGGUGAACUGCAUAAAAAUGAAAACAAUAGGAGCACCUGGGAGGUUGAGUCGGUUAAGC